GGUGUGCUGUGGAAGAGGGGGCAGCAAAGGAAGGCGAAUAGUUGCCUCGAUGAUACCACCUCUCUCAGUUGUUCCUCGGUUUCCGGACUGCGUGGACUAGCAGAAAAUGCGUACUCUGGCUGUAUGGACCGCUUUUGUAUUAACGUUCUCAAGCAGCCCGUUCGUGGCCGGUAUACGAUACAUCGAUCCGAUCUCGCCGCAAUCAGGGAACACCGGCGACAUCGCCGAGAAGCGCGUUGACCUGACUGAGCCAACAUGCGAGGAAUUGAGGGCAAUGUGGAGGUACACCAAGCGACAAAGCAGGGCUGCUAAAACCACUACCGGAUACUCUCUUUAUCCUGAUCCAUUUUCGUACAACGUCUGGAAGUCUUAUCCUGAACGCCCCAAGUCCCUUCACACCCACCGUGGAAGGUAUACGGGAAGAGCACGUAACCGUGCAGGAAGUAGUGCUCCAAUUUAUGGGAGGAUGGUACAUAAAGCACCAGCAAACAGCAGAUUAAGAAAUGGAAUGCGACCUCCGGCACGGCCUUUCGACAAACUCCCGCGACUUUUCGGAACAAUCAAUUCGUAUCCACCGAAUCGACAUCCAAACAUGAAAUACCGUACGAUUGUUGGUUCCCCUCAGGUUCCUCAGGCAGGCAGUUUUCGGCAUUUGAAGGAAUUACUCCGCGCUGAACGAGCUCGUGAACUACAGGAACAACAUAAAGCUGAACAACUCGCAGAGAAGACAUUUACCUUCAAGGAUACCGUUGACAACGAGCAACCUUUUCAUAUGCAAUCUCGGAAGCAAUUUCCGAAGCCGACACUACGAAUGCCGACGAAAAUUAAUUAUGAAUUCGGUCAAGGUCAACAUACAUCGAACGUGCCAAAUAUUGGUCAGGCUUGGACGAGGAGCGGUCCUCAGUCUCGUGAAUACUUGUUGCGUUAGUAUCUCGACGGACUGCCGACAUCUCCAAUACGAAGAAGCUAUCCUAAUGAUCAACGUAUGAAUUCCUUGAAUACGUUCGCACGCGACAAGAUGGAAAAG